AUGACCAGGACGAAGAAGACCGGCUCUGCCCUAACCGCAACCUCACCGCCCGGCUCCUUCUUCUUCACCAAAACUUAUUCGCCUUUCGCUCUGAUAUCUUCCUCCUCUCGCCACCUUUCCUCUUCUUCUAGUACAGACUCAGACGAGCCCGACUCCCCUCCCCGCCACUCCUCAACAACAACAACAACGACAACCACAACAACCGCCGUGCCCUCCCGCUCGCACUCCUCCAGCUCGCGCUCCUGGAAGCGGUCCUCCCGCUCGUCGCCAAAAGAGCACAACAACAACAACAGCAGCAGCAGCAGCAGCAGCAAACGCAGCACAGAACCCGCCGCGGACGACGAAGAAACGUACGCUCCCGCGAUUGCGUCUGCAUCCGCGGUCUCGCUCGCGGCCGACCCGCGCGAGGAGGUCGAUAUUCUCUCGCGCGAGGUGGCUGCGCUCUCGACGAAGCUCAUCUUGGCCGUCGAGCGCCAGGCCGAUCUCGAAGACUCGCUUGUGGCGACAAAGCACGAGCUUGAAGUCGCGCGGAGCCGCGUGGCGGAGCUCGAGGAGGCGGAGCGGGCGUACUCUGAGCGGUUGGAGAAGGGACUGCUUGUGGACCGCAAGGACGUCGAGCAUGAGACGUCGACGCUGAUGAAGAAGUUGAUGGAGGAGUCGCGCGCGAGAUUACAGGCCGAGUCGGAUCGGCGGUCGAUCGAGCAAGAGCUGGAGGACUUGACAGGUACACUUUUCGACGAAGCAAACAAGAUGGUUGCGUCGGCGAUGCGCAGGCAGGACGCGCUCGAGCACAGAAACAAGCAGCUCGAGAGCGUGAUCCACGAGAAAGAUAACUUGCUCGAGUCAUUACAAGAGCAGCUUGCGGCGCUCAAACAAGUCCUUCAGGACGUGACCGAUGCCGAGUCGCAGUCGCAGACGCCGUCGGCUCCUUCUUCGCCAAAGAGCGGAGAGACCGAGAGCAGCGAAGAAAACCGGUAG